AUGCAGUACACCAUCCUUCUCUCGGCCCUAGCCGCCUCCCUCGCCUCCGCCGCCCCCUCGGCCUUCUCCCCCUCAACCCUCCGUCACAUUCAUCGACGUGACGCAACCCCCGCCGCGCAACCUUCUCCAGAGCCGCACCCCAGCGUCCGCCCGGACCCGACGCGGCGCCGCGGCCGUGACCCCGCAGCUCUUCAUCGAGGACCCGGCCGACUCCAAAAAUGCGCCGUGUCCAACUUCGCCGACCGCACCACGGCCUUUUCGGCCUCGCUCGAGGACUGUCUGUGCAUCGCGGAGAACCUGGCCCAGCCCGAGUGGAAGGGCAAGUUCCUCAUGCGGCCCAUCGACGGCACCAAGUUUGGCGCCACCGCCGUGGGGUGCCGCAGCUGCGCGUUUCUCGUGGCCACUGACGACGAGUUCGGCACGAAUGUCGGCGCGGAUGACGUGCGCGAGUUUAUCGAGGAGGCUGUUGAUCGGUUCGGUGCCAACUUCACCAUGGUGAUCGCGACGCACCCUUUCCGGCCCCGCAUCGGUGCUUGCGGGGGCCGGGACGGAGGCCGCUUCUCCUGCCCGAUCGCAUCGAGGCUCUCCGUGCUCACUGGUCGGACGAGUGAACGGAUGCGAGACCCUACCAUGCAAAGCUUUGAACCCAUGAACACGGAUUUCCUCAUCAGCUUGGCCCUUAGCUGCACGGUCGGCUGCGGAUGGAUCUGGACCAUGAUGAAGCGCAAGGAGAUCCGUAUCAAGUACGGCAUCAAGGGUGGCGCCAUGGGCGACUGCUGCACGGCGUACUGGUGCACCUGUUGUGCGACCAUCCAGCAGGAAAAGGAAGUUGUUACGCGCACCAAGGGCCUCGAAGGCGUGGUCCAGCAGGGUUACCAGGCCCCUGUCGCCAUGAAGGCCGUGCCUCAGUGA